UCGGCUGCUGUUCAGUCACCGGUAGAAGAGUCGCCGUCGAGGCUAUUUGGGCUAGUGAAAGAGUAUGAAGAUUAUAGAAGGGCUUUAUAUGGUGGGCUUACACAUAAAGCUCUUCUUGUUGAUGCUGUGGGUACACUUGUUAUUCCUUCUCAGCCCAUGGCUCAGAUUUAUAGGCAAAUUGGUGAGAAGUAUGGGGUGGAGUAUUCUGAAGCUGAGAUAUUGAAAAGAUACAGAUGGGCUUAUGAACAGCCUUGGGUUAGAUCUAGGCUCAGAUAUGUUAACGAUGGACGACCAUUUUGGCAACAUAUAGUUAGUUCUUCGACUGGCUGUUCUGAUUCUCAGUACUUUGAGGAGCUGUAUAACUACUAUACUACUGAAAAGGCUUGGCAUCUUUGUGAUCCAAAUGCUGAGAGGGUAUUCAAUGCUCUUAGAACGGCAGGAGUAAAGUUGGCUGUAGUGUCAAAUUUUGACACCCGAUUGAGACCAGUGUUAAGGGCUCUGAACUGUGAUCACUGGUUUGAUGCGGUAGCCGUGUCAGCUGAGGUAGAAGCAGAGAAGCCUAAUCCAACAAUAUUUUUAAAAGCUUGUGAGUUGCUAGGAGUAAAUCCAGAAGAUGCUGUUCAUGUAGGCGACGAUCGUAGGAAUGACAUUUGGGGUGCCAGAGAUGCAGGUUGUGAUGCCUGGCUGUGGGGAAGUGAUGUUAACUCCUUUAAAGAGGUUGCUCAAAGAAUAGGUGUCGAGGUCUGACAGGGUAGAUUGCUCUGUCGCCAAAACUUAAUCGAUGCUUUCAGUGCGUAAAAAGCUGCUUCUUGUGUAUCUUCUCAUAAUCCCAUGUAUAUAUUCUGCUUUUGUAAUCAGUGUGAGAGAGAUCACCAAGGACUUUGUUGGUGGGCAAUGUUUAGAGUGGAAUAAACAGGCUGUAGAACUUUGAUUUCUCAAUGCCAUAUAUAUUAGUUGCCUCUUUGGUUUAUUGGA